AGUCCAGUAAUGGUUUUUGCCCGCAUUUUUUCGUUCCUUUCUUCGAGUUCUUUCGCCGAUUCAGGCUUUCCCCUCCAACGUUUCACGAUUUGACAUCUGAUGUUUACAUUCGAUGCGAUACCGAUUGCCCCAUUCCACCAUACUUCAAACAGUGCCCAACAGCUUUCCCGCUGAAUAUGUUCCGAUUUCCGACGAUUAACGGUACCGCUCAGUGCUGUUCAAAGUGUUUCCAUAAGGGCGGUAAGGGCGCGAGGAGGAGGAGGAGGAGGAGAAGGGCUGCGACCACAGAGCGCAGAGAGAUAGAUGCACAGGCAGCCACUGCCGCUUGGCAGCACUGGCAACAGCUAAGCGCAGAGGCAACACAGUCUCGGGUCGAGUGAGGAGUGCAGGUAGAGCUACACGUACGGGAGAAAGAAGGCGCACGGUCGUUCGCGGCCGCUGGUUACCGAGUGAAAUAGAUACAGCAGAGUAGGCACGACCUAUUCGUUACUUGCUUUUGGUUUACUGUGGUGCCGUAUGCUCCUAAGAUCUUAGUUGGAUGUCGAUGCAGUAAGUCUGUGCGCUUUUGCAGCCGUAAACAGAAAGACAAACGUGGAGUCCUCGCGUGUAAUUAAACGUAAUGCACUUGCUACAUUGUACCUUGGUGCUACCGUUCAUUUGGGGGCACUAUAUGUCGUGAUCUUGUGCUGUGUGCUAGCAUCAUCCACCAGCAAAAACAAGUUAUCUGACAGUUGGAGAAGACACAGAAAGGAACCAACCGGCAGUAAAGUGUGUGCCUGAUCUGGCAUGCACCGAAAGCAGGCAUGAAGUUCACCGAGCACCUGGCAGCGCAUAUUACACCGGAAUGGCGGAAACAGUACAUUGUCUACGAGGAAAUGAAGACAAAAUUGUACGAAGCAAUCGAACGGGCACCCUCAUCCGAAGUGGUUGAAUUAAGUGUUAUCGAACGCUACCUCGCCACGUUCGAUGAAGGCUUUCUUCAGUAUUGCGAUAAGGAGCUGGCCAAGAUCAACACGUUCUACGCUGAAAAGCUCGCUGAAGCUACUCGAAAGUUUAGCAACCUAAAGGCUGAGCUGUAUAAUUAUGUAUCGAAAGUCGAAGGCGGUCACAAUAAGUUCACCAAUAAGCGGAAACAGGGAGCGAGUGUUGCUUUGACAACACUUGUGGCUCCCUUUGACCGCAAAGCGAAAGAGGUUAAAUCUCAUACGCGGAAGCUGCACGACCUAAAGCUCGCCUUCUCAGAAUUCUACCUCUCGUUAAUAUUGCUUCAAAACUAUCAGAACCUUAACUUCACGGGUUUCCGAAAAAUACUCAAGAAGCAUGACAAGCUAUUGGGGACCAAUUCUGGUGCUCAAUGGCGCCAGAGUCACGUGGAGACAGCUAUGUUCUACACGAACAAGGAUAUCGACAAGAUCAUCGGGGAGGUGGAAACUCUUGUUACUUCCCAGCUGGAAGGUGGAGAUCGGCAAAAAGCAAUGAAACGACUUCGGGUGCCUCCUCUCAACGAUCAACACUCGCCCUGGAUCACUUUUAAGGUUGGGUUUUUUCUCGGGGCCUGUUUGAUUUUGAUGGUGGCCGUUGCACUGUCCGCAGUUUACACUCAGGCGCGUAACGAUUGGCGAGUUGUAUUCAGGCUCUACCGAGGAACUUGUCUUGUUGUUAUCUUUCUGUUUCUAAUUGGUAUAAAUGUAUAUGGUUGGCGAACUUCGGGAGUCAACCAUGUCCUAAUUUUCGAACUCGACCCACGGAACCAUUUGAGCGAGCAGCACUUAAUGGAGAUGGCGGCGAUUUUCGGCGUCUUAUGGACACUCUCAGUUCUGGCGUUCCUUUACGCUCGGCCUUUGGGGAUUCCCACGUAUGCCAAUCCUCUUGCGCUAGUCCUUUUCAUGCUCCUGUUCCUUCUCAAUCCAACGCAUACGUUAAGGCACAACGCUAGAUUCUGGCUGCUUCGAGUGCUCUGCCGUAUUUUCGCAGCACCCUUCUUCUACGUAAACUUCGCGGAUUUCUGGCUGGCAGACCAACUCAACUCUUUGGUUCCAAUCUUCACGGACGCUCAGUACUUCGUGUGUUUCUUCGCGACCGAUUUCAAUUGGAUGGAGAACACGGGUAAAGACGAGCCUACUCUCAUCUCGCUCGAAGGAGAUGCUUACAAAUGCAUGAAUCGUACGGCGAACAUCAUCCUUCGACCAGUGCUUUCCUGCCUUCCAGCGUGGUUUCGUUUCGCGCAGUGUCUUCGGCGGUAUCGCGACACAAGAGAAGCGUUCCCUCAUCUCGUUAAUGCGGGAAAAUACUCGACCACCUUUUUUACCAUCACGUUUUCAACGCUCUUCAACCUUUACAAAUCCCAGUAUGAAAGUCUUAGCUCGAAUCCGUUUUUCUAUCUGUGGGUAGUGUCAAUGAUCGUGUCGUCAUGUUAUACAUAUACGUGGGAUAUCCGUAUGGAUUGGGGGUUGUUCGAUGCGAAUGCUGGUGAAAACCGUUUUUUACGCGAAGAGAUUGUUUACUCAAGUAUCCACUAUUACUAUGGAGCAAUUGUCGCUGAUCUCUUGUUACGGUUCGGCUGGACACUUUCGCUGUCUCUCACCGAACUCGGACUUAUCCAUGCCGACCUCAUGGUGACGAUACUUUCGCCGCUUGAGGUUUUCAGACGAUUCGUUUGGAAUUUUUUCCGUCUGGAGAAUGAGCAUCUGAACAACUGCGGUAAAUUCCGUGCGGUUCGAGACAUUAGCGUAGCUCCUUUGGAUAGUUAUGAGCGGUGUGGUGCAGGAGGCGUGAGUCCAGCAUUGCUCAUGCGAAUGAUGGACGAGCCAAACGGUGUCAUCAAUCGUGGAAAUAACGUUAAAUCCAAGAAGAAGAACAAGUCGGUGUUAUUUCGUAUCAGUCAAAACGAUCAUGUGUACAAGCUAAAAAAAUUGAUUUGGAUAAAAUGUUUACUAUUUAUAGUGCCACCAUGUUUUAUGAUAUCGUAUUAGCUGGGGUAUAGCUUAGCGUAAAAUAUCGUUAUAAGAAAAUCAGGAACGGAUUUGGUCGCACAGGGUGUUAUCUUCUGUUAUUACUACGGGUUGACUUCAUUGUCUAUGGUGUGUUUAUAUUAGGAAAGAUUUUAACGGGUUGUGUGUCGUAAGGGGCAUGCGUUCAUCGGCUCCUCGUGACAUUAACGGAUGCCAAUUUUUCCUAGAACCAAACAGUAAGCUCGUCAUGAUAAACAACGCGUCGUUUGGAAUUUGAACGGAAAUCAGGAACUAUACCAUCUCUGCUAGACGAACCCCACUAAAAUUAAAAAUCUCUUCUUUGCCCUAAAUCGAAGGAAUACGUUGUUAUUCAUUUUCAUGCAGUUUCUGGAAAAUUAACUUUCAUAAAGAAAAACGGAUGGUCUUUGAUAGGGUUAAGAUUUAAAACACUCGAAAAGAUAUCUUUAAUACAGAAACGUAUGGCCACUUUAGGGAGGAGAACAUCAAAACAAGCCGCAACGAUCAGUACUUUUUUCUACUUCCUAAAAAUACAACUGCCUGAUUAUGAAAUUGUAUUCGUUUCUUCACAAAUAUCACAACUUAUCACAGCUAUGACGGUUUCCCCUAUUGAUGUGAUCGUCUGCUAAAACACCUUUCCUUUUCUCGAUUUUUCCUUACGCUCACCUUUGCUCGUUGUUAAUCGUUAGAAGUCAUAAUUAUUGUAAGGUACAAACGUCGUCUCAGAUUCAGAUGUUCGCGUUCGAUCAUCAGCCUCAAGAAAGUGUAUUUGGGUAUGGGUCUUUGAUGGCCUACUAGCCAUCUAGUCUUGUGCGUAUAUUAGCUGUGACAGUACACUGGCGAGAAAAUCAAUUGACUUUCGCUUAGCCUUGCCUCUUCUUAACUGUCUUGCGUGACCACCUUUUGCUGACCCAAACAUGCAAAAAUUCAAAGAUAAAGAAAUGACAAUAUGGCUUUGGAGAGGAUCACUUUAAGGACGUUUGACUGACUCUUGCUUGCUGUUGAUUCCGGUCGCUUUUUAUGCCGUUAUCUCCCGCCCUUUUGUCGAGUGACUGUUUGUUUCAAAUAAAGCGCAUAUGCUCAAGUUCCGUGCGCUAUUGGGCUCUACUUCGCUAUUUCAUAGGCCCAGUUUGAGGACUUAAUUUUCGUUGAUUUUUUGGGUCAGUUAUGAACAGUUAUUAUGUUUUUUCAAAGAGCUUUGGUUCAAAAUAGCUAACCAUAACUUUGCUUUGUUAGUUAUGAUUGAGUUGUUUCACGCAGUAGAAGGUGAACGAUCAUUUGGUUUUUUUUUUUUGCUGGCGUUGCCUGAUCUUACCUUUAUCUUUUUCUUGUCAGUCGAUCAAUAUAUUACGGGUGUUGACACUAUUUCGUUAUCCAAUUAUUGACGCUAUUUUUGCAUAAUGAUAGAUAAUAGUGUUUUGUAAGUUACUAACUUUUGGAUUCGACUAUUAAACAUUGAUAAUUUCAGGAAGAAUAAGAGGCUUGCACCUGAAACCCGACUACUGCUCGAGGAUUCAGAGGGACAUCCCGAUGUGUAAUCUUCUCUCACUGAAUUACUGCGCCUAAAAAGUCUCCACAAAGUCGAUAGUUUUGUAAAAUCCAGCUGAGGGCCUGAGUGGGUUGCUAAAUAAGCGGGUUCUUACGACGAACCUUAGCGUUCUCAUAACAAAUUAUCCUACCUAUUUUAUUAGAAAUGUCGUCUUUGUACAGUUCCAGUCUAUUCAGUGUACACUAACUCGUUGUACAUAGUCAUCAAGACCAGCUAGAACUCACUUGACACGUGAUUUCUUCCACUUAUAUACAAGCCUGCACGUGACGAGUGGCUAUGUGUACCUAUCAAAGAUUUUUAUAUGGAUGAUAUAGUCAGCAAAACACCAAAAAAUGGUUAGAUAUGGCUGACGAAUUAAUGCGGAAUAGGCGGUUUGACUUCAUGAUAAUUUAUGUGACCAAAAAUUAAUGCAGAAAAGUUUCUCUUUGUCCACUAAUGGCAUACGACUCAUCAGCCUUAGGUUAUACUAUCAAUCGAUUGCUUGUUGAAAGAAUCCUUUUUAGACGUGACACUGCCUGAGCUGGUAAUACGUCUUCGUUUUCAUCAACUACACGUGACCAUUUCUGGCCACGAAUGGGUGCGGCUCGGUGCAAUAAUCUUAAAAUUAGGCUAUAGCAACAACAAUAACAUGUGCUUACAUUUAUACAUGUAUAAGUACAUAUGUAUAUAUAUAGGAGUAAAUGAUUA